UCUCACGGUCCGGAUUUGAAACCCAAAUUGGUUCUCUCUCGCCCUCCAAUCCCUAGCAAACCCUAAUUGGCUCACCAUCUCCAUUUUUCUGGACCAAAGCGAAGUGAAUAUGGAGCAAAGAGAGCCACCCAAGUCCCGUUUGAAAUCGGAGAUGGAGUCGGAUAGAAUUAGCAACUUACCAAGUGAUGUUAUAGAACAAAUUUUGUCACAUUUGCCCAUGAGAGAAGCAGUGAGGACAAGUGUUUUAUCAAGCAACUGGAGAUACAAAUGGGCUAUGCUUCGUCAUCUUGUGUUUGAUGAUCGGUGUGUCUCAACUCAAAAGCAUAUAACCUUUGUGGACAUUGUUGAUCAUGUACUCUUAGGUCACAUUGGCCCCAUUCACAAGUUUAGGCUUUCUCAUCGAGGUCGUCCAGCCAAUUGGGAUAUUGAUUUUUGGAUUCUUCAUCUAUCAAGAAACUCUAUCAAAGAGUUAAUACUUGAAAUUUGGGGAGAGUACCACUACAGAAUUCCUUCAUAUUUGUUUUCUUGCCAAAAUAUGAUCCAUUUAGAGUUACUUAGAUGUGUGCUAAAACCUCCACCAACAUUCAAAGGCUUCAGGAAUUUGAAAAGCCUUGUUAUUUCCCAUGUUAUCCUGGGCCAAGAUGUGUUCCAAAGUCUGAUUGCUUGCUGUCCUCUGCUUGAAAGGUUGACUUUGAUAGAGUUCGAUUUCGCCCAUCUCAAGAUUGAUGCGCCAAAUCUCCAAUUUCUUGUUGUUGAAGGUGAUUUUUGGGAUCUUAUUUUUGAGAAUACCCUAAAUCUUAUUGAUGUGUGUGUUUCUAUGGACACCGAUGUUGGCCAAAUAUGGGGUUGUGACAGUUCUAGCAAUUUGGUCAAGUUUAUGGUUCACCUGCCUCAUAUUCAAAGGCUACAAAUUCAGGGAUUCUUUUUGAAGAGUUUGGCUGUUGGUGCCUUGUCAGCAAAGCUUCCUAAACCAUGUCUAUAUUUGAAAUUUCUUUCUAUAAGGGUAGACUUUAAUGAUCCGGUGGAGAUAUUAACUGUCCUAUGCCUUCUGAGAAGCUCCCCUGCCGUCCAAGAACUAGAAAUUUCAGUCAACCCUGCUUUCGAAGAACUAGAAUUAUCUGGUGACCAAGAGCGUCAAGCUGCUUUAUCAGAAGUGAACUCUUUAUAUGGCAACUGGAUUUGCCCAUUCUCCCAACUACGAUUUGUCAAAAUAUCCAACGUCUCUAAUGUCAAAGCUCAAUUAGAUUUUAUCAGAUUUCUGCUUUUAAAUUCUCCUGUGCUUGAGAAGAUUAUUGUUAAGCCUGCUUAUGCCGAUGAUUCUUGGGAGCAAGUUAAACAGUUGCUCCGAUUAGGGCGUGCCUCAGUGCAUUCAGAGAUAAUCUUCUUGGACCCAUCGUUUGAACUUUGGCAGCUAAGAUGAGAGGACUUGCUUGAAGAAAUGAAUGUGGGUUUGGACUGUUGGGCACAAGUCUUUAUGGUGUAUAUCUGCCUAUGUUACUGAACAAUGUCUCAUAUGUACAAUUAUCUUCGUGGAGGCAUAUGUUAUUUAAAUCUAAGUCGGUUGGCACUUACAUGAGCUCGUUUACCACUCAACAUUCUUGUUGAAACAAAGUUUGCAGGGAAGAACAAGUCUCACAGACAAAGAAUGAAUUAAAGCAAGAAGGCAUCUGAAGUGGGUCUACUUCUACUCUAUGUGGAGACGAGGAGAAUACCUAUCACAUGUUGUGUAAGCAAGAGGAAUUGCUUCAAGAGAUGAACAUGGGUCACGGAAGUUGGCUUCAACUUACAAGUCUUUGUGACGAAUGCCAUGUCAUUUAUCUGAACAAACAAUGUUUCAUUAAAGUUAUGUCUUGGACACUUUCGUAAAAUUUCCAACAAUCAACUGGCAAUGAAGGGGAACAAAUUAGCAAUGUAGUCCAUGGAGAGAAAUGGUUUACUUUUUUCCAUCCAAAUCCAGAAAUUAAUCCUUCACUAGCUAUACAAACACUAUCUCAAAAGAGCUUGAAACAAGACGAUGAACUAAGAAGUUACAAUGGUAUGGUUAAUUUAAACAAGCUGCCAUAUCUUUUCUGACAAUGGUAUGGCUUGGAUCUUACUUUACUAUGUGAAUAUCUCAGAAGCAGAGGAACCCCUCCUCUCCUCUGCCCCCAACCUGAUAUACUCAGAGGAAUCCCUCCAAGUUAUAUGUUCAGAUAGAAAUAUGGAGGAGCUCCUUCCACAUUCGAAGGCUUCAGGAGUUUGAGGAGCCUUUGUAUGAAUGGCGCUACAAUGGCCGAAAUCUGAUUGUUUCCUCUCCUCUGCUUGAGAGAUUGACUUUGACAAAAUGCUGUGGCUUCACCCACGUCAAGAUUUGCGCACCAAAUCUCAAUUUUUUUCACUUUGAAGGCCUAUUUAAGCAUGUUACUCUUGAGAAUACUUUUGAGUCUUGCUGAAGUUUACGUUGAUUUAGAGAGCCGUUAUUACCAUAGACGGGCUCCUGGCAGUUAUAGCCAUUUGAUCAAGUUCUUUGUUCACCUGCCUCAUAUUGGAAGGCUCAAAAUUCAGAAUUGCUUUUUACUGGAAAUAAGUUGUGUGGUUUCAUACUUUCAUUUACCAUGAUCAUUUACAUGAACAUGGGAAAUUGGAUAAAUUUUUAUUGAGUCUGCUGCUUUUUGCAUCCAUUCUGCUCCAGUAUUUGGCUGUUGGUGCCUUGCCUGGAAAGCUCCCCAGACCAUGCCUAUAUCUUACUUUUCUUUCUAUAAGCAUUUACUUCACUUCUCCGGAGGAGUCUUCAACGGCUCAAUGCCUUCUGAGAAGCUCCCCUGCUCUUCAAGAACUAGAAGUUGCGGCCUACCAUGAGAACCAGGACCAGGCUGUUAAUGUAGAAGUGAAGUCUUGUUUAGAUGCCAAUCAGAAUUGGUCAUUUACCCAACUGCGACUAGUGAAAAUAACUAGCUUCUCUGGUUUGGAAGCUGAACUAGAUUUCAUUAAAUUUAUGCUCUCAAGUUCACUAUUGCUUUUGAGAGAUUGACUGUUAAGCCAGCUGCUUCUGUCGUGGAUUCUUCGGAGCUCUUAAAAAGGUUGAUCUGGUUUAGUCGUGCCUCGGUGCAUUCAGAGAUAGUCUAUUUGGAACCAUGAUUCAUCAAUGAAUUUCGGCAGCGCUGAAAUGUAUUUUCCGGCAGGUCUUGUUUUUGUUUUUGUUUUUGUUUUUCCUGAUGCAUGUGUGUUUGUUCUUCUGAACGGUGUCCCAUACUGGCAGUACCCUUUGUUGAGACAGGUUUUGGCCA